GAAUGCAAGCGAAAACAGAAAAGUUAAGAUCUUCCCUGAAGAAUGUGAAAAAGGAUUUAACAAAACCAGAGAAACUUAAAUAUAGACCACUUACUGGAAAGGUGUUUUAUCUUGAUAUUGCAUCAAAUGUGAUCUCUGAAAAAUUAGAGAAGGACCUUAAAGAACUGGGAGGGAAAGUGGAAGGCUUUCUUAGCAAAGAUAUCAGCUAUCUGAUUUCUACUAAAAAGGAGGCAAAAUUUGCACCAACUCUUGGUCAGAUUUCUCCAGUCCCUAGCCCAGAUUCUGCACAUAAUGGAGGAAAUAGUUCGCCUCAUCCCAACAGCCGAAGAGAUCGACAUGAUGGAAGUUCACUUAAGACAGUAGAUACAGUACGUAUGAGCAGAGGAAAAUCUUUAGUUGAAAAGGCAAUUAAAGAACAGGAAUUAAUCCCCUCUGGUAGUAUACUCUCGAAUGCUUUGAGUUGGGGAGUGAAGAUUCUUCAUAUUGAUGAUAUUAAGAAUUACAUUGAACAAAAGAAAAAGGAGCUCUACCUGGUCAAAAGAGCGAGCAGUUCUUUUAAAGAUGUGGGAAAAAGAUGUACUGCUCAAAAGUCAAGAACAGGUAGACUGAAAAACCCGUUUUUGAAGGUGGAAGACAGAAGUUGCCACUACAGACCAUUUUAUCUGCAGUUACCCAGCUUUCCAGUUCUGAACUACUGUGUUCCAAAACCAUAUAGUCCAUUUGAGGCAGAUAAGAAGCAUCCUUCUGGUCAAAAACAAACUCAGUCUAAGCAAAGAAACAAAACAAAUAGUGAAAAGGACUGUGGAACUCCUGUUCAGCUCCCUCAAAGGGAUAAAAAAAAGAGAGGAUAUUGUGAAUGUUGUGGGAAGAAAUAUGAAGAUCUGCAAACUCAUCUUGAAAGUGAACAGCACCGAAAUUUUGCACAAAGCACACAGUAUCAAGUUGUAGAUGAUAUAAUCUCCAAGUUUGCUUAUGAGUUUGUUGAAUACAAAGAUGACACAAAAAAAAUUAAAAGGACAAAAUGUAGUACAGGAUAUUUUUCUCCUAUUAUUGGAAAGGUAACUAAACCAGAUGAGCUGAAAGAACGACUGAAAAAGCAACGCAUUUCAUUGAAAAGUUACUCAUGGAAGGAUACUACAAUGCGGGCGCUCAAACUGGAUCAUCGGCCUGCAGAAGUACACCCAAAUUCUGUGCCACUACCUACCCCUGUUUCUGGAUCUGUCUGUUCAGUUCUUUAUUGUCAUCUGUCACAACCUUCAGAAGUAAAAAUUAAAUUCAGAAAUAAUGAUGAAAAUAUUAAAACUGAUUGUUCCAGUGCUGUAAAUGUAAAAGAGACUGUUACAUCAUCAAACUUCACACAGCCACCUCCUCAGAAAGAUGACAAAGCAAACAUGAAGAACUUGUCUCAAGCUUAUGAGCCAUUCAGUAAAGAAAUCUUUGAACCAGAAGUACAUAAAAAGAAUUUACAGAGCUUACAGGCAGGUAUGAGUACUUUAUAUUCUCAUACUCAAGGUACAGAUUUUAUUGAAAAAGAUAAAAACUUAUCUCAGCCAAAACGAAAGUUAAAUAAUGCAGUAGUUCAACCAGCAAAGUGUUUGAAGAAAACAGAUGCAAAUCCUGUGUUUAUCAAAAAACAUCACAAUUUGUGUGAUGAUCAUCAACAGAUGCAGCACAGUUUCAUUCUGGACAGUAAGGCAUCUGAUACUGCUCUAAACAAAGAACUUAAUGGAUUGGCUGCCAGCACUGCACACAGUUCGCCAUCUGGAAAGCUGCACAGAAAAGUAAAACUUUACUUAGGAAGACAUAAAAGAGAAAACCGGAAACGGAAUAUAGAGUUGUGUAUAAAGUACACUGAUGGACUAUCUGUUCCUGAAGAAAAGAAAAGUGCUUGUAGCUCACCAGUGCAGGCUUUAUUGGAAUUAUUUCAGACCAGUGAAAUAAACUCAGAUUUUGGAGGUUUUUCAGGUUACACUGAGAACAAAGAUUCAACGAGCAUAAAAGAUAUUUGGGAAGGGCAGAAUACAAAUGUUGCGUGGUCACUGUUUUCCUCUUCAUCCUCAUCCCCGUUUGUUGGAUUUUAAUGCUGCUUUAUUUAAUACAAUGACUUUCAAAUAAAUUUGCAGAUGGAAGAUUUUAUUCAUGGAAACUUUAAUUCCUGUGUUAUAUAUUAUGUAUGGAUGGUUUUGUUUUCAAAAUCUUUUUUAUCUUUAUACACAUUGCAAAAACAUCUGUAUGUGUAAAUAUGAAAAAUAAAAAUAAUCAAGACAAUUUUUCUUUAGUAGUAUUACCUUAUCAGAGCUAGUAAAAGGCUCUCACCUCAGGUUUUGGGUUGAAUUAGUUGCUAGGCAAGAUCAAUAAGCAUUAUGUAGUUGUUUUUCAGUAGAAUAAUUUUCUAAAAUCCAGUAGAAUAACUUUCUAAAAUCAUUGAAUGUGCACGCUUAUGUGCCACAUUAUAAGUGAACGGACAUGCUGUCAUAAAUAAGGUGGUACGUUACUUACGGACCACUAGUGAUUGGUGGAGAUUUGGUUGCUUCUCUUCUUCCUUCUGCUGCUGCUCUCUUACUAGAGGAUGCAAAAAAGUCACUUGCUUUCCUAAAAUUUCUUCUGCUGAAGUUGUCUCGAGGAACCUACAUUAUUACAAAUAAAUAGGGUUAGGAAAGCAUGUAGUGUGUAUUUGCUACUCUGCCAUAAUUGAUUUUUAGACUAAACCUAGCGGUGUUGGGUAUUUCAGCCAUUGGGAAAUCAGUGGAUGUGUGUUUUAAUUUUUGUUGUUUUUAAAAAGGCAACAACAAAAACAUCCAAGGGGUUUCUGAUUGACUCAGGUUCUUGCUUUGGUUUUUCUUUCAGAGUAGCCGGCCUGUCUGCCUAACUUACUUGGAGGGAGAGUGAAAGUAUACAAGUGAGAAUUGGGAAUUUUUUUUUUUUAAAUUCCUUGAAUCUUUGCUAGAGCUGAUUCUCUUUGGGCUUUCUGUAUCUGUAAAUCGGUGCUGGGCAUGAAUACUGAAGUACAGGGAGGUAAUUGCAAAGCUUUAUUAAUAAAUAUAAGUGCCUUAAUAUUAUAUGGGAGAUCUAAAACAGCAGAAACUACUCUCAUUUCAUUUUGCAUAAAUUAAUUGUUUGCACUGUAUCUUCCCCCCCAUUUAAUAUUUUCAAAAGUUCUGUCAUUGUUCUUAUGGUUAAAGUACUUUCAGUAGCUGUGUACUAUUAUUUGUCUUUAGGUAGAGCAUAUCUGCUGACUAAGAGGGGUAGAUACAGCUUCUUGGAGUGCAGAGAGGUGUGAGGUAGAUAACAAAAUUGCUUUCCUUUAAACAGCAUAUGAAUUGGAAGCCUAAUGAUCUGCUUGUGUGCAAGUUGCAAGGGCAUUGUCACCUUAAGGGCAGUGUUCCUCAAUCCACUGUUAAGUGUAAUGGUCUACAGGACCUGGUAAGAACUGCUUUUGGUUUCACAAGCUUGCUGGUCAAUUCUGACUUGAUUUAUACUUGCUUCUGAUCUGUGAUCCAGAAGAAAAUGAAAAAGGAAGCCAUUAGAGAUAUAAGCAAAGUCAACAUUUUUAAAAGAUAUUGAUCUUUAAUGUGUGUCUCCAUAUAUAUUUUGCCUGUAGGUAACCACUAUUUAGUAUUUUAGGAACGGGGCUUUAAAGUAGAACACUGAAGUAAUUACUUUGUUCUUCAUUUCCAGUGACUUUUUUUCAUGAUGGAAAGAUUGCUCUCUGAUUCAGUGAAUGUAGUGUAUUUUAGGAAAAAAUGUUUGCUAAUUUGUCUUCUGUUGAGGAUGUUUGUUUAGCUUAGGUUCAGUACUAAAGCCAAGUCUAAAUAGUAAAAUGUGCGUCUUGCCCUGACACACAUUACAACAAUCUAUUUGUAGGCGCCCCUGCCCCACUCUUAUUAAUCUAACCUGGUGGCCUUCAUCUGACUGGAAUAUGUAUACAUAUUAUAUACAUAAAGAUUAUUGUAUUAGUAGAAUGCUAAGGUGAAAACUAGUCACAGUUAAAUAAAUCUACUUGUCACAUCACUGAUCAUAGUGUUUUCCAUGUUGUAUGAUUAGAUUCAGUAUAGUAACGUGGUAGCUCAGUGGACACCGUAUACAAAGACGAUUUAAACAUUAAUUAAAAUCUGGCUUUGGAACCUUACAGGGAAAAAAUUCAGAGGUUUGUUAUUAAAAUUAUAUGAAGAAUAUUCAUCGUAAUGCAGAACAAGAUAUAACAGUCAACUUUACUGGUUCCAAAACGCACUGUUAGUUGUGAUGCAGAUUUUGCACGUAGAUGGCCAUAGUCAUUUUAAAAGCCCCCUUUGUAUGUAGUGUAUCCAGAUAGGCUUACUGUGGCUUGUGGUGCCAUUAACUUUAUUUCUGAAGCAGACCUGUUCGAUGUAUUGUGCGUAAUUAUCAUGCAUUUAUCUUCCAGGCUUGGUUUUUAAAAACGGUUUUUCCGAAAAUGUAAAAGGAAUUAUUUUACUAUUUGAAAAAUUAAAUAGGGACAAAUAUUCCAGUAACUAGUUUUCCAUUUCUCUGAUUUCUUCCCAAGUCUGAAGAGAAAUGAACGUCUUCAAAACGUGUGGCAGGAAUUCUGAGACAAGUCAAACACAAUCACAAAUCUCUUAAGUCAUUGGACUAAAGGUUUAGCACUAGAAGUGCAUUUUAUUUGUAAGUACAUCUUUGUGAUAAUUAUACAUAAUAGUCUGAACUCUCUUCAUAGUUCUGCAACUUUCAUCUGAGGCCACUUUAUUCUUGAAUAAUCUGUCUUUCUGUGAAUUUGAGACGCUUGUUUAGGUGGUUUUAGUAUUCUGUUUAAAAACAGUUGUUACUGUACUAAUAGUGACUUCUUUUAUUGGCAACUAGUGAAACUUGGAACUGUAUUCCUGUAGUUCUUUUCAGUGUGUAUAUAUGCCUAUGUAUAGAGUGUGAGAAUCAGUUUUAAUGAAGCAUCUGAAUCUUACUGUUACAAAAGCUGUAAAUUUUAACAUUUGUGUCAGACACUACUUCAUUUUAAAG